AUGUCUACCCAAGAUGGUACUCAAACGCCCGUCGAGACUGACGGGCACCUCGAGCACUCGGUCCACAACAGACUGAGAGCCAACUCGACCAUUAUGCAGCUCAACAAGAUCCUCGUUGCCAACCGAGGUGAAAUCCCUAUUCGCAUCUUCCGUACCGCACACGAGCUCUCCCUCCAGACAGUUGCCGUCUUCAGCCACGAAGACCGUCUCAGCAUGCACAGACAAAAGGCGGACGAGGCAUACAUGAUCGGCGCGAGAGGUCAAUACACUCCUGUCGGGGCUUACCUUGCUGGAGAUGAGAUCAUUAAGAUUGCCCUCACCCACGGCGUCCAGAUGAUACACCCCGGCUAUGGAUUUCUCUCAGAAAACUCUGAAUUCGCCCGGAAGGUCGAGGAGGCUGGCAUCAUCUUCGUUGGUCCUAGCUGGAAGACCAUUGAAGAGCUAGGUGACAAGGUCUCAGCCAGAACCCUCGCCAUGAAGGCUGAUGUGCCCUGCGUUCCUGGUACUGAGGGCCCAGUUGCGAAAUAUGAGGAGGUCAAAUCAUUCACAGACAAGUAUGGCUUCCCCAUCAUCAUCAAAGCUGCUUUUGGUGGUGGUGGACGCGGUAUGCGUGUCGUUCGUGACCAAGAGUCCCUCAAGGAUUCAUUUGAGCGUGCUACUUCUGAGGCCAAGUCGGCCUUCGGCAACGGGACAGUGUUCGUUGAGCGCUUUCUCGACAGACCCAAGCAUAUCGAAGUGCAGCUGCUUGGUGACAACCAUGGCAACGUCGUUCACCUGUACGAGCGCGAUUGCUCUGUACAGCGUCGGCACCAAAAGGUGGUGGAGCUGGCUCCUGCGAAAGAUCUCCCUACCGAGACCCGAGAUGCCAUUCUCAACGAUGCCAUCAAGCUUGCGAAGACUGCCAAUUAUCGCAACGCAGGCACCGCCGAGUUCCUGGUUGAUCAGAAAAACCGCCAUUACUUCAUCGAGAUCAAUCCUCGUAUUCAAGUCGAGCACACCAUCACGGAAGAAAUCACUGGCAUCGAUAUCGUUGCUGCACAGAUCCAAAUCGCUGCUGGCGCGACAUUGCAGCAGCUCGGCUUGACUCAAGACCGCAUCUCCACUCGUGGUUUUGCGAUCCAGUGUCGUAUCACUACCGAGGAUCCAUCGCAAGGAUUCCAGCCCGAUACUGGCAAAAUUGAGGUGUAUCGCUCAGCUGGUGGUAACGGUGUCCGUCUUGAUGGCGGUAAUGGUUUUGCCGGUGCUAUCAUCACCCCGCAUUACGAUUCCAUGCUGGUCAAAUGUUCCUGCCACGGAUCUACGUAUGAGAUCGUUCGGCGGAAAAUGCUCCGAGCUCUGGUUGAGUUCAGAAUCCGCGGAGUCAAGACCAACAUUCCGUUCUUGGCAUCGCUUCUCACCCAUCCGACCUUCAUCGAAGGUACUUGCUGGACCACCUUCAUCGACGAUACGCCCGAACUAUUCAAGCUUAUCGGCACUCAGAACAGAGCCCAAAAACUACUCCAGUACCUUGGCGAUCUUGCUGUCAAUGGAAGCAGCAUUGCUGGCCAGGUUGGCGAAUCCAAGUUCAAAGGGGAUAUCAUAUACCCUACCAUUUUCGGUGAUGACGGAAAGACGCCCGUCGAUCUUACGCAGCCGUGUACGAAGGGCUGGAAACAAAUCAUUGACAAAGAUGGCCCUGAGGGCUUCGCCAAAGCUGUUCGCGCCAACAAGGGCUGUUUGAUCAUGGAUACUACUUGGCGCGAUGCUCACCAGUCGCUGCUCGCUACUCGUGUGCGUACUGUCGAUCUAUGCAAUAUCGCCAGAGAGACUAGCUACGCUCUCAACAACGCGUACGCCCUCGAAUGCUGGGGUGGUGCCACCUUUGACGUUGCCAUGCGUUUCCUCUAUGAAGACCCAUGGGAUCGCUUGCGUAAGAUGCGCAAACUCGUGCCAAACAUUCCAUUCCAAAUGCUGCUACGUGGAGCCAAUGGUGUGGCUUACAAGUCGCUUCCCGACAAUGCGAUCUACCACUUCUGCAAGCAGGCAAAGAAGAAUGGCAUGGAUGUUUUCCGAGUCUUUGAUGCCCUUAACGACAUAGAACAAUUAGAGGUCGGCAUGAAGGCUGUGAAGGAGGCUGGUGGCGUGCUUGAAGCAACGGUCUGCUACUCUGGGGACAUGUUGAACCCUGAUAAGAAGUACAAUCUCGAGUACUACAUGAAGUUUGUGGACCAGAUCGUCGCCAUCGGAACCCAUAUUCUUGGUAUUAAAGACAUGGCCGGCGUCCUUAAGCCGAAGGCUGCUCGCCUCCUUAUUGGCAGCAUCCGCAAAAAGUACCCGGAUCUACCAAUUCAUGUCCACACCCACGACUCCGCUGGCACCGGCGUCGCUUCUAUGGUGGCCUGUGCUGAAGCUGGUGCCGAUGCUGUUGACGCUGCGACCGACUCGCUCUCUGGUAUGACGUCGCAGCCUUCAAUCGGAGCACUCAUGGCAUCUCUCGAGGGGACCGACCAUGCUACUGGACUAGACGUUGCCAAUGUCCGCGCUCUCGAUCAAUAUUGGUCGCAGCUCCGCCUCCUCUACUCUCCCUUCGAGGCUGGGUUGACCGGUCCCGAUCCAGAAGUAUAUGAGCACGAAAUACCUGGGGGUCAACUUACAAAUCUCAUUUUCCAAGCCGCCACGUUUGGUCUUGGCUCUCGAUGGCUCGAGACCAAGAAAGCCUACGAGCAAGCCAAUGAUCUUCUUGGCGACGUGGUGAAGGUAACGCCGACUAGCAAAGUCGUCGGCGAUCUUGCGCAAUUCAUGGUUUCCAACAAGCUCACUCCCGAGGCCGUUGUUGAAAAAGCAGGAGAACUCGACUUUCCCGGCUCCGUCUACGAAUUCUUGGCAGGUGAGAUGGGCCGACCAUACGGUGGGUUCCCCGAACCGCUCCGGUCCAGGGCUCUCCGCGAUCGCAAGAAGAUGGACGAGCGUCCGGGACAUUAUCUGGAGGCGAUUAACUUCGACGACGUCCGCAAGGAGCUCAAGGAGAAGUACAACACAACGAGCGAGACCGACGUUGCCUCCCAUAUCAUGUAUCCUGGAGUUUUCAAGGAUUACAAGGCCUUUGUGGCCAAGUAUGGUGAUCUAUCAGUGCUGCCGACCAAGUUCUUCUUGAAUAAGCCCGAGAUUGGUGAAGAGUUCAAUAUCGAGCUCGAGAAGGGCAAGGUCCUGAUCCUGAAGAUGCUUGCCAUUGGUCCUUUGUCUGAUGAGACUGGCCAGCGGGAGGUGUUCUACGAAAUGAACGGCGAAGUGCGUGUAGUCACGAUCGAUGAUAAGAAGGCCGCCGUUGAGAACACCAGCCGAGCCAAGGCUGACCCUAGUGACAGCAGCCAAGUUGGUGCACCUAUGGCAGGUGUGGUCGUCGAGGUUCGUGCUGGUGAGGGUGCGGAAGUCAAGAAGGGCGACCCCAUCGCAGUGCUGUCAGCCAUGAAGAUGGAGAUGGUCAUCAGUGCGCCUCACUCCGGCAAGGUCAGCAAUCUCAGCAUCAAGGAAGGUGAUUCGGUUGCCGGAUCGGACUUGGUGUGCAAGAUUGCAAAGUCCUAG